AGCUGACGGAAGACGGCGUCUGGUAGGUCGAUGCAUCCGUGACCGGGGUGGAAGAGCGCGAUGUCUCACUCCCGAGGGCCACAAAGCGCGCCUCAGCAGCGGAAAGGGAGAGGUGGGCCUUCUCGUAGACGCCGCCGGCCGACUCCUUGAGCCGGAGAACCCCGGACAAGGAGGUCGGACCGCGGGCGGCCGAGCUGGUCUCUGAUGCGUAUCUUCCGAGCAUGGCUGCUUGGUCUCUCUGGGACUGGUGCUGUUGAUAAGCGCACACGCCGUGCUAUCUCACAGACGGCUAAAACGGCUUGAAAAUGUAAGCCAAAAGGUUACAGCAAUGAGCAGGAUGGUGAACCACAGCAUCAUGGACAUUGCGGCGUUUGGCGCCCCAUCGUCCUUUUGAACAAAAGCGAAAGGGCGGCAAUGGCCCAGAGAGCAUCGGCAAUGGACACGAGCGAGCCCAUCGGGGGCGAAUGUCGCGGGUCGAGGGACCGAAAAACGGCGGACGGCGCCCAAUCAGAGGGCGGCGAACUGCUGAGCAUCUGCCGCUGCACGUUGGCCGCGGGGGCUGCGAGGAACCUGCAGACCGCUGCGCGAUGUCGAGCCUUUUUCCCGCGCAACUGCGUCGCAACGUCGGGCGCGGCGAAUCACCGGGCGUGCCAGGGCCGAGGCCACGGCCCACGGUGCCUCAAGGUUGCACGCUACAAGUCGCCCCCGCAGGCGCACAAGCUCCGCACCGCCAUGAGGGAGACGACGAGGUCCAGUCAUGUGCGCAGCUCGCUAGUGCUAGCGACGCCAGAGUGCCGUCACGCGCGCAUAUACUUUGCGACCCAAUGGCUCGCUUCACGAGAGGAAUCGCAUGUCCUGGCUGGCCACACGAUGGUGCGAAGCUGUGAAGCCGCGCAAGAGCGCGUCGAGACGCUGAUAGCGCGACGGCGAGCCCAGGCCAUGCCACCGAGUGGGGCUGGCCGGCUGGAGGCUCAAGUGUCAAACCUGAACGCCGGCGGGCAGGCCGAUGGUUGGCUGCAGUGGAUGCAGUUCCCCGUCCUGCGCGCCCUCGGCCCGGGCUUGAUUGAGUUCGGCUCCCGGCGGACGACAUUCACCGUGUCCGACAAGGCCAGACUGUCGCACAUGUGCACUAGGCCCAUGAUUGAGUUUCGGUCUCAAGGUUUGUUUGCCCCAUCGAGGUCUAGAUCUGGUCCGUGUGUCAGGGCGCCGACAAUAGGUUCUGACGGCGGCCGCGAGAGCGUGGAGCCAGGAAAAUGCCAGCACAAGGCGGAGGCAACAGUCCCCAUCCAUGCUGGGCGGAGGGCGUCCGAUUGA